AUGGAACUAUUGAUGGACAAGGGGUCUGAACCCCAAACCGAAAGCGAAAGAGCUGACCAUGCCAUAGCCACUCUCAAAGAAAAUACUGCUAUUGAACUCAAGGACAAGGGUAACGAGUAUGUGAAGAUGGGCAAAAAGCACUUCGCUGAUGCCAUAGAUUGCUACACGAGAGCAAUAAAUCAGCAAGCUUUGAGUGACUCUGACACCUCUAUUCUCUUUUCAAAUAGGGUCCAUGUCAAUCUUUUACUUGGUAACUACAGACGUGCUCUUACUGAUGCUGAGGACUCAAUUAAGCUCUGUUCCACUAAUGUCAAGGCUCUGUACCGAGCUGUCAAAGCGUAUUUUGCAUUGAACUUGUUGCCUGAAUCAACUUUGCAUUGCCAAAAUGGGCUUAAGCAUGACCCAACCUUGUUAUCACACUGUAGAUGCAUUCAUAAUGUAGGCGCAUAUCCAAUCUCUGUAAGCAAUUUCUUCAACCAAAGGAGUUCGCAAAUUCCUUUGGUCAUUCCUCUGAAUUCGGCUUCUGCACUAGACAAAGCAACAACAUUCUGUUUCUUGCUUCUCCAAGUAACCAAGUUACCUCCCACAAAUGUGAAGUACCUUGAUGUUGAUCUUCUAUCAGUGACAUUCCCUGCCCAAUCUGCAUAUUGGGUACUUGAUUGGGAUAUACCCCAAGGUGGUGAUUCUGAACGAUUGGAGUGUCCACAG